AUGGAAGAUCUACGUGGAACGAACAUGCAAUCGCCGUUACCAGCUGGUGAACUACAGGGACAAAACGUACAAGGGCGACUAAGGAAGGUGCAGCAACGUAAACAAACGUCACAAAGGCAGUUGACAGAGAUGCCACUACAGCAGGAAAACUUGCAAAGGCAGUUACAGGAAAUGCAGCAACGCGAAGAAAAUUCGCAAAGGCAGUUGAGAGAGAUGCAGCAACGCGAGGAAAACUCGCAAAGGCAGUUGAGAGAGAUGCAGCAACGCGAGGAAAACUCGCAAAGGCAGUUAACAGAGACGCAACGACAGCAGGAAAACUUGCAAAGGCAGUUACAGGAAAUGCAGCAACGCGAAGAAAAUUCACAAAGGCGGUUGACAGAGACGCAACGGCAGCGGGAGUGCUUGCAAAGGCAGUUGCAGGAGAUGCAGCAACGCGAAGAAAACACACAAAGAGAGUUUCAGCAACGCGAAGAGAAUUCACAAAGGCGGUUGACUGAGAUGCAGCGACAGCAGGAAAACUCGCAAAGGCAGUUGAGAGAAAUGCAUCAACGAUUAGAGAACUCCCAACAACAGGUGUCCACCUUAGAAAGACAACUGAGAGGCAAAGAUCAGGAAUUAAGUGAACUAGAGUUAAGUCUUUCAUUAGCCCAGCAAACGAUAAGUGAACAACGACGACAGGAAACAUGCGACUGGGUCAUUUCCCGCAAUGAAAUUCAUAUGACAGAGAAUUGCCUAGGGAGGGGAGGCUGGGGAACCGUCAAUGAAGGUACCUACUGUGGCUGUACUGUAGCAGUGAAGCAAAUCCAUGACCUGAUUCUGUCUCCUCACAACAGGCUUUUAUUUGAAAGAGAAAUGAAUAUUGCUUCGGCUUGCCGCCAUCCCUGUUUGCUGCAAUUUAUUGGCGCCACAAAUGACGAGGGAACUCCUCUGUUUGUGACCGAGCUCAUGGAGAUGAGCCUGCGAGCUUUGUUGGCACAGCGGCAACUUUCCGAAACAGAAAUAACUGUAAUUUCUUUGGAUGUAGCUCGUGCGCUGAACUACCUUCAUCAGAAGAAACCACAUCCCAUCAUUCACCGGGACGUCAGCAGUGCCAAUGUGUUGCUAUGGCGACAAGGUGAUCAGUGGAGAGGCAAAGUGUCAGAUUAUGGCACUGCUAAUUUCAUGCAGCAGACCAUGACAGUGGCUCCUGGAGCUAUGAUUUAUAGCUCACCUGAAGCAUUAACACCAAACCAAACAAUGAAGGUUGGUUAUCAUUAAUUUCAGGGCCCACCUUUUUUAUAAGCAUAUAACACAGGCGGCCCAGACGUAGUGUGUUAACGUUCAGUUAAAGGUAUCUUAGCUUUGUUUUGUUAUAUUAUGACUUUUGGACUAUUUUAGUUCAUGGGAGUUUCGACGACUCAUCCCAUUUUGUCCAUGUGACUGUUAAUAUAUUGACACGCACCACGUCUGGGCCGCCUGUGCAUAUAACAGAGUUUUUGCGAGCUUGACUUUGGUAUCGUAUUGCGGAGUUAGAGUUUGAUGAGUGAAUGUUUUUGAGGUGUGAUGUCAGUGAGUCAGUCAGAAAGUACUUAAUGUUUAUAAGGUUCUUCAGUUGAAAUCGUCUCUUAGCAUCAGAGCAAGGAAGGUGGAUCAAAAGGUAUCUUUCUCAAAUGUAAACUCAAUUUUUCUGCCUAAUUUUUUUAGGUCGAUGUUUAUAGCUUUGGUGUUUUAUUGUGCGAAAUGUGCAUUCGGGAACUCCCAAAUCCUGAAAAGCGUGACGAGCAAGUUUUGUUGAUGACGAACCGCGUGUUAAGAGGCCUGGUACGGCGAUGCAUGCAGACAGAUCCUGAAGCGAGACCAACCAUGCAGGAGAUAAUCGAUGAAUUAUCCGGAGCUGUGUAA